AUGGGUACACAGUCUGACCCUAGGAGGUGGUGGCGAUCAGUUUUAGAUUUUUGUACUCAAAAUGUUGACGAUGGAGACUCAGAUGGUAUAUGUUAUGAGGAGGAGUUACACGAAUUGAAGUCAGAUGAUGAGUUUGACGCUGGUAAAAAUUCUAAAGAAUUCAACCCAAAAACCAAAAUGCAAAACUUCCAAUUUGUUCUUGGCAUGGAAUUUGCCACUGUUACAAUUUUAAGGAAUGCAAUAAGGAAGUACUUUAUUGAAGGUGAUCGAGAAUAUGUAUUUAUUACCAAUGAUUCAAAUAAAGUUAGAGUUAAGUGCAAGGGUGCAAACUGUGAAUGGAUGUUGUUUGCUUCAAUAGUUAACAAAACAGAUGGCAAGACAAUGAGGGUCAAAACACUUGUUGACAAGCAUAGUUGUGACAUUGUUUUGGACAAUAAAAAACUGACCUCAACUUGGCUUGCAAAGCACUUUUUGGAGCAAUUUAGGCUAAAUCCAAGUAUGGAAUACACUGCAUUUAGGGAGAUAACUGCAAAGACCAAGUACUCACGUGUGUCUAGCUGGACAUUUUACAGAGCCAAGACAAAAGCAAGGAAGAUGUUGGAAGGGUCUGUCAAGGAACAAUGCACCAUUCUUGAUGAUUACAGUAAAAGGUUGUUGGCUACCAAUCCUGGCUCUACUGUGAAGUUGAAAACUGAUUUGGUUAAUGGGAGAAGGACAUUUCAGCGAUAUUGUAGGGGCAUUUUAUUGGCUGCAGUAGGCAUUGACGGUAAUAACUCCAUGUUUCCCAUUGCUUACUGUGUUGCUGAAAAGGAAAACACUAAGGUUUGGACUUGGUUCUUGGAGCUAUUGAAGGAUGAUCUCAGGAAUUUGAGUCCUACCAAGGUGACAAUGAUGAUAGCUAAUACUACAACACAAGUUGAGUUUGCUCGAGCAAUGCAAGAAGUCAAGGAUGUCUCGGAUGGUGCUUACAAUUGGCUGGCAGGGAAGAACCACACAGAAUGGCGUAAGUCACAUAUUUCAGAGUACCCAAAAUGUGACAUUUUGGUGAAUAAUUUGUGUGAGAGUUUCAAUGCAGCCAUACUUGAUGCUCGCGACAAUCCAAUUAUAACUUUACUAGAGAAAAUUAUAUUUUGGUUGAUGUCUCGGUUUUAUAACAAAAAAGCUGAGUUGGAGAAGAUGACUCAACCUGUGGGGAAGAGAAUUUUGAAGAUAAUUGAGAAGCAAAAAGAGAGUGUGCAUCCUAUGCCUAGUCCAGAUAUGUGGCCUCAGACAGGACUCAACCCAAUUGAUCCACCACUUGAGACGAAGCUGCCUGGAAGACCUAAGAAAGCUAGGAGAAGGGAGACAGAUGAACCUCCACCUGCUUUAAAGAAAGCUCGAAGAACUGGACAAGUUAAAACAUGCAGUAAUUGUCUGAAAACAGGGCACAGGAGAGAAACAUGCAAAUCUGCUAAGGUGGUUGAGAAUCGUGUGGUCAAAAAGAGAGGUCGUCCACCACUGCAGAAACCAACUGAAGCCACACUUUUAAGGAAGGAAAGAAUGCUGAAAUAA